AUGUAUUUAGAGGAAGGUUUAAAUAUUACGAAAAUGUACAAAGAGCAUAUUGUAACCAAUGGAGCUGCAACUGUAGGGCAGUAUCGGGAAAUUUUGAACUCGGAAUUCAAUAUUGCAUUCUUCAAGCCAAAGAAUGAUCAGUGUCAACUAUGCACGGCUUACAAAGAUGUUGAUAAUGAUAUAAAAUUGAAUAUGCAAUAA